UGUUAUUAUGAAAUUCCGGUAAGCACACCGAUUAAGACCACAACACGGCGCCUUUCCCAGGUGUGGUGUGUUAAAGCAUUUGUGAAAUAUCUUACCAUUAAGAAUAUUUGUAAUAUUUACAACGACUGAGAUUUGGAAGAGUUUUGGGUGGAAAAUAUCUUCUUCCUCGGGACGUUUGAGAAAUGCUACAAAUCACGAGAGGUGUUCACACGAGCCGUGAACUACUGACACAGCGGUGCUCGAAGUUAAUCGACAGUGUUAUCCGAGUGGACCAUGCCGGUGAACUGGGAGCAAACCAAAUCUACCGUGGACAGAUGGCGGUUCUUGGACAUACCAAGGCGGGCAAAACCAUCCAGCAUAUGUGGGAGCAGGAGAAGGCCCACAAAGAAGAGUUCGAUCGGCUUAUCAACAAAUACCGCGCCCGUCCAACGGCACUGCUACCGUUCUGGAACGUUGCCGGCUUUGCGCUCGGUGCCGGUACGGCGCUGCUCGGUGAAAAGGCCGCCAUGGCAUGUACGGUCGCGGUCGAAUCGGUUAUUGUCGAACAUUACAACGACCAGCUGCGUAAGCUGAUGGACGAUCCGAACUUCACCGACAAGGAGCUGCUCGAUACGAUCCAGCGCUUCCGGGAUGAAGAGCAGGAACAUCACGACACGGGAAUAGAGCAUGGUGCGGAACAGGCCCCGUUCUAUCGUGCACUAACGGACGUCAUUAAGUUUGGUUGCCGUACGGCAAUCAAGAUAGCGGAAAAGGUAUAGUUGCUUUCUGUAGUUGUUAUCAUUUUAGGUUCCUAAUCCCAAGCAGUUGAACGCAGGCACUUCAAUCAGGAAGGUUUUAUGAGCGAUUAAAUGUACAUGUUUGUCUUGAUAGCACAGUUUAAUGCAUUGUGAACAUCCCUCUUCAUCAUUCUUGUGUAUUAAAUAUUUCGUUGUAUUAAUGAUUCCUAUUUGAUAAAAAGUAGUAGUGGA